UAUCAUUACGUCACUGCGUGUGACGCAGUCACGCAACAGGAAGUGCUACAGGCGGGUAACUGGUUUCUAUCUCGGAGCUCGCGAGUAGAAAUUAAUCAAAAUCUGAAGAUGAGUUCUGUGUAUUUUCAUAGGCUGCUACAGGAUUGACAUUUUGUCCACGUGAGGUGCACAGCCACACAAGAUAUCUACAAUGGGUCAACGAAGGAGAUCCCAUGCUGUGAACAACCCUUCAACCCAGAGUGUCUCUGGAGCUCAUAAAGACGUUGCCCUGGUGCCCAGCAGGAAGCACAACAUCUGCAUGGUGUCGGACUUCUUCUAUCCAAAUAUGGGAGGAGUAGAGAGCCACAUUUACCAGCUAUCUCAGUGUUUGAUUGAAAAUGGACACAAGGUGGUAAUUGUCACGCAUGCCUAUGGCAGGAGGAAGGGUGUCCGGCACCUGACCAACGGACUGAAGGUCUACUACCUCCCCCUGCAGGUGAUGUACAACCAGUCAACAGCCACCACUUGCUUCCACAGUCUCCCACUGAUGCGCUGCGUGUUUGUAAGGGAACGCAUCACAGUGGUGCACGCACACAGCUCAUUCUCGGCUAUGGGGCACGAUGCACUGUUCCACGCCAAGACCAUGGGCCUUAACACGGUUUUCACUGACCACUCGCUCUUCGGCUUUGCUGAUGUGAGUUCCGUGCUGACCAACAAGCUUCUGACUGUGUCGCUGUGCGACACCAACCACACUGUGUGCGUGUCGUACACCAGUAAGGAGAACACUGUGCUCCGUGCAGCCCUCGAUCCAAAGAUAGUAUCUGUUAUUCCCAACGCUGUUGACCCUACAGACUUCACCCCCGACCCCUCCCAGCGCCAUGACGACAGGAUCACCAUUGUUGUGGUCAGCCGCCUUGUGUACCGCAAAGGAAUAGAUCUUCUUGGUGGAAUAAUCCCGGAGCUCUGCCUUAAGCAUCCAGAUCUGCACUUUCUAAUUGGUGGAGAGGGGCCGAAAAGACUCGUGCUGGAGGAAGUGAGAGAGAAAUACCAACUACACGACAGGGUCCGUCUGCUCGGGGCAUUGGAGCAUAAAGAUGUUCGUGGAGUUCUGGUGCAGGGUCACAUCUUCCUCAACACGUCUCUCACCGAAGCGUUUUGCAUGGCCAUUGUAGAAGGAGCCAGCUGUGGACUGCAGGUGGUUAGCACUCGUGUGGGGGGCAUUCCAGAGGUGUUGCCUGAGGAGCUGAUUACCAUGUGUGAGGCUUCUGUGCGGGGCUUAUGUGACGGUCUGGAGACGGUCAUCGCCCGGCAGCGCGCAGGGACGGUCCCCUCCCCCGCCUCCAUCCAUGCUCGUGUGCAAAAGCUCUACACCUGGAGAAACGUUGCAGAGAGGACCGAAAAGGUGUACGACCGCGUAGCCGGAGAGGAGGUGCUUCCCCUGGACAGACGUUUGCGGAGACUGAGGGCCCACUGUGGCCCCGUGGCCGGCUCCAUCUUUGCAUUUGUGGCCGUUUUGGACUUUCUGUUCCUGCUGCUCCUGCAGUGGUGGGUGCCGGACCGGGUCAUGGACAUCGCUGUGGACGCUACCGGCCGUCACGGACUGUGGAGGCAGGGACCACUCGGUGAAGUCGGGGCUCAUUCGAAAAAAUGCCCGGCAAGCAAGCGGCAGAACCAAGAAUGACGACGAUGUGAUGGCUCCGUAACUCUGACAGGAAGGCAUAUGUUCUCUGUGGGGUGGAAACUUAUAAACGUGGCUCCCUGAAUGUGCUGGUAACUCUGGACAUUGUUUACAUUUACUUAUCAAAAGGGACCUCUUGUGAGAGCAAGACUUCGAAUGAGCUAUUUUUAUAUUUAAUCAUUCAAAUGAAUUCUGUGCCACUUCUGGGAGCUUCAAUAAGCAUUUUUUUAUCAGACUUGGUAUAAAUGGAACUGAGCAGAGGGAUUACAGGGCUGCUUGAUUGUAUUGUUACUGGGAAACAUGAUUGCAAUAAACUAACUUCAGUUUGAUGCACACUUUAUAUAAAUCAGUGGUUUUGUGGAAAGCUAUAUAACGAUAUGGGCAAAUGAGUUUAUUUGUGUGCUUUUAAAAUGAUUACCACUCCUUUGUUUAAUAAUUUAAGAAGUUUCGUAUUUAUUAAAUACUCAGACUGAGAAAUAAACCCUACUUUCUAAUGAUUU